AUAACUGCCGCGCGUCAGCAUCAAGAUCUUCAAAAUUUCAUUUUAUCUGAUUCCGAUGAUGAUGUGGAGGAUUCGCGCGACGAGAUCCCGAUGCAACCGAAAAAAUCUGCAGGGCUGUUCCAGCUUGACACGCAGGCUGCCGCCCGUUCAAGACUCUUUCCUGAGAUUGAACAGCCUUCGUACUCACCUCUUCCUAUGAUGCCCGCAGCCAUGAGUUCGCAUGACAUCGACGACCCCAGUCCCUCCCCUCCUCCGUCUCAGGUCGUCUUCCGUCGCCCUCCCCCCUCUCGCCGACCAAGCGUGCCCAAUCUGAGACUCGUGAACACAAAAUCACUAGAGAAGCUCAAUGCAGA